AUGGCCGCUAUCCUCAGCUGGUGUAUCAUGAUGCUUCUCUCAAACAUUCCGGUAAUACAAUCGCUGCAAUUCGUUAAUUGUACGGCCUUAAAACGUGGUUACCGCAACACUCUUUUGGACGCUCUAGAUAGAGCAGACAAGCGUGGUCUCAUUUACGACUGCAGUUACGAGCAACAGGCUCUAAGGUUUCUGCAACAACGGGCGAAAUUCAAGAUGAACAAAAAACGCUGGUUCAAAGAAGACUUGGCUGAGGCAGAGUAUGAGAGACGUUAUGACAAAGGGGUUUUCAAGUUCAGAAUGCUCGUAAAAGAGGCAUUCUACCAUUGGAACCCGCUCUUCAUGCAAGUGCGCAAGAAAAGGGUCGGAUGCAACUACUAUUACCGCAGAGAAAGAGAUGAACACAAAGUUGCAUGUCUUUUUGGCAGCAGACGCAUGAAAUAG